CGCUCGCAUAUCCGGUUCACCAGCCGUCCGCCCCCGUCCUGCGAUGGGCCCCGCCUGAACCCUCCGGCCAGACAAUCCGGCCUGCCGCCAUGGGAAGCCUCGCCACAGCCCGCGGUGCUGCCGUCCGACCGCCGUCCGACCUCGUCGCCCCGGAAAUCACAUACCACGUCCCCCAGGCGCACCCGCCACCGUCGCAUCGAACUUCCGCCCUCGUCCGGCCUCAUGGCCCGUCCGCCCCGCCUCCGAGGCUGCUCGACCGGCCGCCGCCCAUGACCGUCACCCCCGUCUAUCCGCCGAAGCCGCCAGCUAUGCCGUCUCAGCAGUCGCUACCCCCACCGCGUGCGGACCGAACCAUCGACAAGGUUGUGUUCGGCAACAUCUGCUUCCGCACCUGGUAUCCAAGCUACUAUGGCAAGGAGGUCCUCGGGGAUGCGUCUGGAAACUCCGGCAAGGGCGGCAGCAAGGACACUGGCGGCAAAGACCAUCCAGGUGGCAAGGCAUCGUCCCGCAAGGACCGUGAUCAUCCGCCAAUACUUGAACGUCUCCACGUGUGCCCCAGCUGCUUCAAGUACUCCAAGGAACUUGUAGCUUGGUGGGGACACGUCCGCAUGUGUGAGCGGCAGGCCUAUGUGCCAGGCCGCAAGGUUUAUGUUCACCCUCGCGGCCGUCGGAAGGUCCUGGUGCCGCAAGAUUCCAAGGCUCCCGGAGCCAAGAAGCGAAGGGGAGACGGUGGAGUGCGAUACGUCGAGGAGAUUGUCCAGGACGACGGGGAAUGGAGUAUCUGGGAAGUGGACGGUGAAAAGGACGGCCUCUUCUGCCAGAACCUCUCCCUUUUCGCGAAGCUAUUCCUCGAUAACAAGUCGGUUUUCUUCGACGUCACGGGCUUCAACUACUUCCUAUUAGUCUACACACCCCCAGUUAAGCCACCCUCGACCGGCGCGACCGAGGACCAUCCCCCAACGCCGCAGAUCACGGGCUUCUUCUCCAAGGAGAAGAUGUCAUGGGACAACAAUAACCUCGCCUGCAUCCUUGUCUUUCCCCCCUGGCAGCGCAAGGGCCUAGGCGCCCUGCUGAUGGGAGCCUCCUACGAGAUCUCACGGCGGGAGGGCAUCCUCGGUGGUCCCGAAAAGCCCAUCUCAGAUCUCGGGAAAAAGGGAUACAAGCGCUACUGGUCGGGCGAGAUUGCGCGGUGGCUCCUUGGCCUAGGGCUCCAAGAAGCCCAUGCUGGUCAUGAGGUGCUUGUGGACGUGAACGAUUGCAGCCAGGCGACCUGGAUUCACCCCGACGACUGUCUAUUGAUCCUCCGGGACAUGGGCGUUGUAGAAGAGGCCGGCAUGGGGCCUGGGAAGCUCGAGGUCAAGGAACACUCUGACGAAACUGCAGUGGAGAAGGAUGAAGGAGGAACGCCUGCCGGGGAGGAGGCGGACAAGGUCGUCAAGAUGGUGCCGCGGGUGCGCGUGGACAAGCAGGCAGUGCGCCGGUAUGUAUCGGAGCACCGGAUCAAUCUGGAGCGGACGUGCGAUGCGGAUGGAUUUGUGGAGGGCUACGCAAUCAAGGCACACGAGGUCAACAACGAGGAGGAAGACGAUGAGGAAGGGAAUUAAGUACGCGAGGGCCCUUGGGGAGGACGGUUGGGAUUGGGACGCAGGCCUUAUAUGAUCAUGAUACCCCGCUCUAGUUAAUUGAGCUCGACUUCUACAAUGACAAC